AUGACUUUCUCUGAAGCUGAGAAGGCAGCCAUCACCUCCAUCUGGGCCAAGGUUGCUGGCCAUGCUGAUGACAUUGGAGCAGAGGCUCUGGAAAGGCUCUUCCUGAGCUUCCCUCAGACCAAAACCUACUUCAGCCACUUCGACCUGAGCUCUAACUCCAAGGAUCUCCAUAACCAUGGAGGAAAAGUUCUGAAGGCCAUUGGUAAUGCUGCCCAGCACCUGGAUGAUAUUGACCAUGCUCUGUCUACCCUCAGUGAUCUGCAUGCCCAGAAGCUCAGGGUUGACCCUGGCAACUUCAGGCUGCUGUCCCAUGCCAUCCAGGUGACUCUGGCUGCCCACUUGCCUGGUGAAUUCAAUGCUGUUGCUCAGGCUGCUUGGGACAAAUUCCUGUCUGCUGUGUCCUCUGUCCUGGUGUCCAAGUACAGAUAA